UCCACAAUUUCACGGUGCUAGGCGAGCUAUUCUAUCAUACUUGGGUGCCAGGAGCCAAAUCCGAUAAGAAAUUUUGGGCAAACGAUCUUCACAGAACUUCAGUAGUCCGGACAGGUUCUUGAUCAAGUAUAAAAAAAAAGGUUCUUGAUCAGAUCAGAUAGCAGCAAUUGCAGAGGAUGCUAUUCUCAACGGUCCACGGAAGCCGAAGAUGGAGAAGCAGGUUCGUACGCAUCGUGUCCGGAUGGAGGAAGAAUCAACGGCGGUCGCUGUCCGCGUCAGCUGGUCGGCUAGCCCGAGAAACGAAGCCGCCCAAACGCAACCUUGCAACCGCCGGCCGCAACCGCUGCGCCAAAUCAAUCAACCAACUCUGAUUCAUCCGCCUUUGGAUCUCUCCUUCCUCUUUGGCUUCUUCCUUCCUACAUCAACCGAAGCCACAUCCACCUGGCCGUGCCUUCCCCCCAAGAAAAUCCCCUUCUCCCGACUCACCUGAUUCUUGCUUCUCGGAUUCUUGAUAUGGAGCAGCCCGCCGCUUGCGCCCCGCCGCCAGCGCGGGCACCGGUUCCCGUUGCUUGGUCCGUUGUCCCAGUAGACUUCACGGUCGUCAAGAAGGGGCCCGAGAUGGCGAUGCACGACGUGACCGGCGCCCUCGCGUUCCGCGUUGCGGGCGGCGGUGCCGGUGGCACGGCUCUCUUCGACGCCGCUGGGGUUGUUCUGGUCACCGUCAGGACCUGCGGCCAGGGUGAGUGGCAAGCAUUCAGUGGAAGCAGUUUGGAACAGAGACACAUUAUUUUCAGUGCGAAAGUUAUAUCUACUUCUUCAAGUCAAAAGGAGGUAUAUGUAUUCAUCCCACCAAGAAGCAGUUUUGAAGAUCCAAAACCAAGCUACAGGCUCUUAGGAAGUACAUUUCGAAGAGCAUGCACAGUAAUAAAGGGGGACUCCAUCGUUGCUCAGACAAAUCUCUUGUAUAAACUCAAGAAGACUAUAUAUUCACGGCGUAAGUUCAGAGUGACUAUAUACCCUGGACAUGAUAACAUCCUCGUCAUGGCAAUGAUUAUGACCUUCUUUGUAGAAAAAUGACACAAGAUAUAAAUGCCUACUGUGGUUUGAGAAAACUGAUGACUACCCCUAAAUCAUGUUCAUGUAUAGUUUUUCUGAUUCUGGAUGAUUGAUUUCUUUUCAAUUUUUUAUGUCAGCGGCAGAUGCUCUUAUUGAACUGACUGCUGUUGUAAAAAGUCUAAAUGUGUGGUUUUCUGUUUCUGUUUGGCUAGAUAUUGCCAAGUAACAAUGAUGGGGCACUUUGACCAUUUCUUUCCACAUUUACUACCAGCAUCAAUCGACUUUCAUACUGAACUCAGGCUUUACCUUCUGGCAAGUAUAAUAAUCUUUGUUAAACAGCACCGCA